AUGCCGUCGAUGAUACUCGCAAUAUCAGCAAAGGCCCGCUUUGUCAUAUACGCAGAUGAAUGGCACCCAACGCGUCCAACCAACCCACGAGAUCGAGCUGGCAUCGACCAUGUCAUCCUCGCCUUUGCCCCAGCCAACGCAACAGCUACGUUCCAGCCCAAAGUUCCCAUACACACCAUCCGCACCGAGUUCCCCAACGCAAAGGUCAUGAUUGCUGUUGGCGGCUGGGGCGAUACGGUUGGUUUCUGUCAAGCCACGAAGUCCGACGCAUCGAUGCUCGCGUUUGCCGCUGAUGUUGCUACUAUGCUUGCCAGGACUGGAGCAGAUGGAGUCGAAGACAUCGAUUGGGAAUAUCCUGGCGGCAACGGGGCGGACUACAAACAAGUGGCGAACUGGGAUCAGACUUACCAGAUCGCCGCGUUCCCUAAGUUACUGGCUGCCAUCCGUGUCGCUAUUGGGAAGAAGCUGCUUUCGAUCGCUGUCCCAGGAAAAGAAGGCCAGUCAUCAUAUACAUUUGACAUGCUUGGAUACACUCGAACAACCGGACCUCAGAUCUGGCCGUCCGUCGACUUCAUCAACGUGAUGAGCUACGACCUAAUGAACCGCCGAGACACAGUAACCAAACACCACAGCUCCGCCAUCGAUGCCGAAAACAGCAUAAAAGACUACCUCGCCAUGGGCGCACCCCCCUCCAAGCUCAACCUCGGCUUCGCAUACUACGCAAAAUACUUCACCACGCAAGGCGACUGCAGUGCCAGCCCACUCAACUGCCCCAUCGUCCUCGCGGAAGAUGCCCAAGGCAAAGACACACUCACCUCUGGUGCCUGGACCUUUGAGAGAUUUCACAUGCAUGCCGUCGAUGCCUCCUCUCUGACCGUAUCCCAAGACGGCACCUGCGGUCCAGAAAAGGGAACCAAGUGUGAGAUAGGCUGUUGUUCUCAACACGGCCACUGCGGUACUUCGCCUGAACACUGCAACGGCACCUGUCAACACGCGUUUGGAUCUGGAUGUACGGACGCCGAUAUAGCAGCUUCAUGGCAGCUCGCAGCCAAACACGGUGUUACUGACGAAGUAGCCGGCGGACAAUACUACUUCGAUGCCACAAACCGCCUUUUCUGGACAUGGGAUACGCCCGAACUCAUCACAAGGAAAUUCGACAGCAUCGUCCGCAAAUACAAGCUCGGUGGCGUCAUGGCGUGGAGUCUAGGUGAAGACAGCGCGGACUGGAGUCAUAUUCGACAGAUGGCGAAGGAAGUUGCCAAAGUUGGACUCGGUUCAGCGACUGCCAACGAUUCCACCGAGCCAGUCGAUGACUACAUGUACGACGAGAUCGCUGAUUAUUGCUGUCCAAACGGCUACGAUCCAGCGAAUCUCUUGAUCUACCAACCGGGAUAUAUGUUUCCACUCUCUUACCAUCCUUUUUUGGUCGAUUGCGGGGAUGGGAAAGGGUUGGUUUACUGUGCAUGCGACACCCCCGAAUGUUCCUCGUGGGCACUUUAUCCGGAUCACUACGAUGGCAAUGACUCGGCCCAGUCCAUGUCGAACGAGGAUGGCCUUGUGGAGAUGCAAUACACGGAGGCCCUCCAAGCGAUGCCAACUGAGCACGACCAAGCCGCACUCGAGACUCCGCGGCCGCAUGUCGGUGUCAUGACCGAAUGCUUGGGUGAGGGUGGUGCCACGACAUGGUGUCCACUACACUACACAAACGACCUCCCAUCCAUGCCAACUGAGACCAGUCCAGCUGCAAUCGAAACCUCAUGGCCGACUGACGCUAUCAUCCUUGAAUGCAUGGGCGAGAACGGUGGCCUGACUUGGUGUCCGCAAUCCUACACCGACGAAGCCCUAUCGAGUAUGAGUAAGUCCAAGGCAGCCGCACUCCAGAUUCCGUCGCCAACACCCUUGCCGACUGACGGUGUUUUUCUUGAAUGUUUGGGCGAGAACGGUUGGUUGACCUCGUGUGGGGUAUCGGCCACGCAGGACUUUCUAUCGAAAAUGAAAGACUACAACGCACUGCAUACUCCUACGCCGACUCCUUCGCCGACUCCCUCGCGGACUAGCAAUGUCCAUUUCGAAUGCACAGGCGUGCAUGGUGGCCUAACUCGCUGUCCGCAUUCCGUCAUGGACAACUUCGUAUCCAAUAAAUUUUCACUCGACGCAGCCGGACUCGAGACUCCGAGGCCAGUGCAUCAAAACCCUACUGCUGUUAUGACCGCAGCCGCUAUCGAGACUGGGUUCACUACGCAUAUCGGUAUACCGCAGGCGCCGGAGAGUGAGCUUCCUGGUGGAUCCUACGGUAUGCGUAGGCGUGAGAGGGUACAGAAAGCGUGA